AUGAGCAGCAAACUGCAGACGCUUCCCGUCAUGCCUAUAGUGCAACCGGACCGCGGCGGUCUUCGACGCUACGCCGUAUUCGCCUUCGUCGAGAACCAGACCCCCGACCAGCGCUUUACUGCCAGUGAGCAGUUUCACAACCACGAACACGUCGGAAGCAAGGAGGUAACAGUCAGAGUGCCGGAUGUACAUACGAUGCACAUGAAGCGUCUCAAAAGCCUGGAAAGCAGAGUCUACCUCCCUUUCGUCGACAUGACGUUCUUCUCCUCAUACCGAGCCGUCGAAGAAAUGCAGACUCUGAUUUCAGCUGAAGACUGCGUCGAUCUGAAAGACCCAGAAAUAAAAUUUCAGAAAGGAUGCUUUGAAGAACUGCAGCUGGUUGAUUUGAAACAUGGGGUAGCGACGGAGACCUCCUCUAACCACGGUGCAGAGAAAAAAAGAGCUUCAAACUUUACUGAGGUAGAGGUGCCUCUGAAGGAACGGAAAUUGCGACAGUAUAAAACGCGCGGUUUUCUUGUCGCCGCCUACAAAACCAUGGAGCACACGUACAAUCGAGAAUUUGCCAGCUCCUGGAAGACGUGGACCGGCGUGCGAUACAUAUGCAUGCAGCUGCCAAAGCAAGUCAGCCUGCGACGAGUCGCAUUUUACCGUCAGAUAGGCACCACCUCUGAUUUCACUUACGUCCUCGUGAUGGAAGUGGACAACCUCCUGCUGUACGCCUCUCAGACGCUCAACCUCGUGAGCGGAAUCAGGCUCAGACUGUGUGGUUACACGGCGGUAUACUACGAAGACAGCUUCAACGAAAAAAUGAAGCCCGGACUAAGCUAUUCUCGUGCCACCGAAACCAACGCUCAAGUGGAAGCAAAUGAGCAGACUUGUCUGAGGCAACAACACGUUCCAAUGAGGGACGAGGAAGCGAAAGACAAUCAACUGCAAUCAGAGAGGUGCUGCUUAAUUAACGUCCUUGCCGAUGAUUUGUCGCCUCGGGCGACCGAUUCUACUAAUACAAAUUUUCCCGUCAUCCUCCUCAAGAAAACGGAAUCCUUUGACAGCCCCUGCAGAAGCGUCAUCACCGAGCAUCCGGCAGCUGGCAAGGUAGCUCCACGUGCGUCUUUUGAAGAGUUUGAUUUCGAUCUUGAUAUCUCUGAGACGAAACCCAGAGUCCCUAAUGAGGAUGCAUUUGCCACGUGCAAUUCACGACAAAGCAACUCAUCAGUGACUGAUCCUCGAACUAGAUGA